AUCUUACCGGAAGUACACAACACGCUGUGCUUUCUUUUCAUCGCCUGCUUAACAAAACUCAACUGAUGUCAUUGUAAAUAUGCGACCAGACGAACAUAAAAAGAAGAGAAGCACUCAAUAUAAAAAGAAGCAUGGUAUAAAUAAAGAUGACCAGUCGAAAGAUUCACGUCAACCGAAAUCAAAGAGUGCUGGUGGAAAGGGUAAAGUGAAAGUAGACCAGAGACUAGAAGGGAAAAAAUCCGAUUCUCACGCUGGUGCUGCAAAACCCACACAUUCGUCCUCUGGUAGUGAUAGCAGUGACAAUGACCAAGAAUCUGCACAAGUCCAUAAGACAUUCAAGCGUAGAGAAGUUGUCAGCAACUGGGCACGAUAUGAAAUACUUCCCCCGGACACGGAGACGACACAGAAAAAAGGAGAGGAUUUUGUCAACCUUUUAAAUACAGCUGGUGGCACCAGUUCUCAGUUUCGGUUCAAGGAAGAGGAGGACUGGGAAGAAGGAGAAAGUGUGUGUACAGAUGCAAAGCUGUUAACUAUAGACCCAUCUGAUCUGGCCGCCAGUUUCCAGUGUAUACCUCUGUACCACAGACUGGGGGUGGAUCAGGAUCUCUUUAGUGCUGAACAGAUACUGGAGAUGGAAGCUGAUGCCAAAGAGCACACGCUACAGUAUCAAAAUCUUAAGUUGGCGGAUGUAACACAGCCUCACAAUAAAAGUCCUCACACUUCGGACAUCAAACAGCAGGACAAUACAAGUCCUUGUAAAACAGACCAUACACAGCCUCAAGUUGACAAUGAUAAAGUACCAAGUGUGGUAGAUACAGUGAGGACAGGACCUGGACAGAAAAAAGAUGAACAUUUAGUUAAAUCUGAACCUGUCUGUCAUAGAUCUGCAGCUGCUGAAUCAAACCAAAAAGAUCCAUUAUGUAAUGUUGGUGCCUCUGUGAACACUACACCUGUGGUUAGAACACCUGUAAUUAACACACAUACUAAUACAGGUGAGACGACAGGAGGUGUGACCAGUAAUAACCUAGAAGAUGAUUUGGACUUUCUUCUGUCUCUUGACAAUCCUUCAGAUUCCACUGAUCUAGGGGAGACAACUCAGCAAAAUAGUAUCCAAGAUACAGUAAAAACCCCACCAGAUAAAACAGGGAUUACUACAACAAACAAAGAACUGAACAAAGAAACAGAAAAUUUGGAGGACUGGUUAGAUAGUGUCCUGGACUGAACAGAGGAAAUCAUCUGACCUCCCGUAACGAGUCUGUCCUCACAGGUCUGCCUGCUAAAGUCUGGGGAAAUCAUCUGACCUCCCAUGACAAGUCUGGGGAAAUCAUCCAACCUCCAAUGAUGAGUCUGCCGUGACAAGUCCAUCUGCUUUAAAAUGUCUGUCCAAACCAAACAAAGCAUAUUUAACAACAGAUGUCUGCUUUUACAUGUUGUCUAUGGCAAUGAUUGCUGAAUGUGUAAAACUAAAAUCUUGGCUUUGUUAAACAUGAAAAUACAAUAAAAUGUUUGUCCCCAUGA